AGCUUAUACCUGAAGUGUAUCUAAGCGACCACAACAGUUGACUUGGUGUGGCUAGCCAUUUCACAGUAGCCAACAUGAUGGGUCCUGGGAAGGCCCGACAUUGGCUUGGCCUACUUUUGGCAAUGUGCUUGAUCGCCAUCAACAUAGCAAUGGUAGACAAGCCUUACAUCUAUGCUUCACCUCCGCCACCGUCACCUUCGCCACCUCCACCUUACCACUAUAACUCACCACCCCCACCAUCACCUUCGCCGCCACCUCCUUACCACUAUAAAUCCCCACCACCGCCAUCACCAUCACCACCUCCUCCUUUCCAUUAUAAGUCCCCGCCACCACCUUCACCAUCGCCACCACCACCAUACCAAUAUAAAUCACCACCACCACCAUCACCUCCACCUCCAUACCAUUAUUAGUCUCCACCUCCACCAUCAUCAUCUCUUCCACUGCCAUAUCAUUACAAAUCACCACCACCUCCUUCGCCAUCACUGCCGCCACCAUAUCACUACAAAUCACCACCUCCACCAGCUUCUUCCCCACCUCCUCCAUACCAUUAUAAAUCGCAGCCUCCACCAUCGCCCUCCCCGCCUCCUCCUUACCAUUACAAAUCUCCACC